ACGGGCGGGUCCCGUCCGGUGCCCGAGCGUUGCUGUGCCCUUGGCCGGGCCCUCAGAGCUGCUCCUUCGGCCUGGGCGCUCGAGUGGCGCCCGGCCCUGCUGGUAGAGGCGGGCGGAGCCGGGGCCUUGUGUUGUGUUCAGGCGGAUCAACUGGAUCCUUGAUCAGAUUGUACUUUUGUGCCUGGAAUUCACUAGUGGUGUAGAUUGUUGAUAUUAUUGUUGGUAAAGAUGAGAAAGGCAGAAAGAUUCCAGAAUAUCUAAUCCAUUUCAACGGUUGGAACAGAAGCUGGGAUAGAUGGGCAGCUGAAGAUCAUGUCCUUCGUGAUACUGACGAAAAUCGCAGAUUACAGCGUAAAUUGGCCCGGAAGGCUGUGGCUCGCAUGAGAAGAAAAGGAAGAAAGAAGAGACGUUGCAGGUUACCUGGCGUUGACUCUGUUUUAAAAAGUCUUCCUGCUGAAGAAAAUGAUCAUAAUAGUGAAAAAACUGUAAGUAGUUCUUCUGAUGACAGUGAUGAAGGAACAGAUGAAGAAAUAAAAAGUGAAGAAAGUGAAAUAGAAGAGAGGACAGAAAUGAAAGAAGAUCAAGACACUCAUUCAAAAAGGGAGAUGGAAGAAAGAGCAAUAAACAUAGAAAUUCCAGAAGUCUUGAAAAAGAAGCUUGAAGAAGACUGUUACUAUAUUAACAGACGAAAACGGCUAGUGAAGCUUCCUUGCCAGACAAAUAUAAUAACCAUCCUGGAGUCAUAUGUGAAACAUUUUGCUAUUAAUGCUGCAUUUUCAGCCAAUGAAAGGUCUCGACAUCAUCAAGUGACUCCACAUGCUAAUAUGAAUCUUCAUUAUGUGCCACCAGAGAAGAACGUCGAGCUGUGUAAAGAGAUGGUGGAUGGGCUGAGAAUAACCUUUGACUUUACUCUUCCAUUAAUUUUGCUCUAUCCUUAUGAGCAAGCUCAAUUUAAGAAGGUGACUUCAUCAAAAUUCUUUCUUCCUAUCAAAGAGAGCUCAACAAAUACUAACAGGAAUCAGGAGGAGCUUUCCCCAAGCCCCCCACUGCUGAAUCCACCAACACCUCAGUCAACAGACAGCCAGCCUGCACCAGCAGAGCCAGCCACACCAAAAAGAAGGAAGGCUGAGCCUGAAAUUCUGCAGUCAUUGAGACGUUCUACGCGGCACACCUCUAACUGUGACAGGCUGUCAGAAAGCAGUGCUUCUCCACAACCUAAACGACGGCAUCUUGAGACCCCGACUUCUAUGCCAAAGCUCUUCCUGCACCUGGAGAAAAAAACCCCUGUUCAUAGUGGAUCAUCUUCACCUAUAACUCUGACUCCUAGCAAGGAAGGGAGUGCAGUUUUUACCGGCUUUGAAGGUAGAAGAAACAAUGAAUUGAAUGAGGUUUUGUCCUGGAAACUGAUGCCAGAGAACUAUCCACCAAGUGAUCAACCACCACCUCCAUCAUACAUCUAUGGAUCCCAACAUUUGCUACGCAUGUUUGUAAAGCUACCAGAAAUACUCGGGAAGAUGUGCUUUCCUGACAAGAACCUCAAGGCUUUAGUAAAACACUUUGAAAUGUUUCUAAGGUUUUUAGCAGAAUACCAUGAUGAUUUCUUCCCAGAAUCUGCUUACGUGGCUGCAUGUGAAGCCUACUACAGUACUAAAAAUCCCCGGGCAAUCUACUGAAGCUAUUAAUAAAGAUUGAAUCCAUACAAUAUGUAGCCUGUGACAAUGCCGUUCUGCCACAUGGCUACAAGAUGAAGAUGAAAAAGAACUGAAACUACUUCUGGAGUUUGAAAUACAGGAAUAUCUUCUGUGAUGGCUGGAUUACUUAGCAGGAAUGAGCAACUUCUCACAGAGUGUGUAUAGACUGCGUUGUGAAUUGCUUAGGGAAUUGAAUCAAACUACUUCAGGUGAAUGAAGACGCCUCAUUCUGUCUGCUAAUGCAUAGAACUGCAUAGAACUAUUAAAAAGGGAGACAAAAGCAGAUGCAUUAGCAACAGGACAUUGCAAUUUUGUUUUAGCUUGAACCUCUACAGCCUGAGUAAUAAGACUUGACUGCGCAGCUACAUGAAGAAAAUUCAUUACUAAUAUCUUAUGAAUUUUUUCCUUACAAAUUGCACUUCAUUUUGUGAAGCUUACAAAAGAUUGCCUAAGUUAAUGGAUUAUCUCGCUGUUCGGCUAGUAUGAAAUCUGCCUCAAGAGUGACUUUGCUUAAAUGAAAGAUGUGUUGCUUACUUUGCGUUUUGCAAAGUUGUGGCUAGCUCUUGCCAUGGUAAGGCUAUCAAAGUUCCAAGGAGAGCAUGCCUUGCUAGAAUUACAGCAUCUGCCUGGCUAUAUCUGAGAUCCAGAGCCAUUUUAAAAGAACAGAAUUUCUACAAGUUAAGUGGAAAAGUCAAUAAAAUGAUGGCAGUUUAACUGGCAAGUAUUCUUUUCCUAAUAAAGACCAUAAUGGCUGCUUCUUAAAUGUGUGGUUUUGACUGUCUAAAAUGUCUUGUUUGUGCUUGAUUAAUAUUUUUGAGAUGAAGUAUGCAUAGCAUUAGGUGGGAGUAUUGACAAUAUAGGAAAAAACCCUCUUUCUGUAACAUUGUUUUCUUACCCAGUCUAUAAAACCAGAUAAGGAAGUGUUCUUUAACACAGCCUCUCUGAAAACAGGCGUUCAAUUAAAACUGAUUUUAUAGCAUUAACAGUGGAUUCAGUAGAACGUAACUGAAAUAUGCUUGUCUCGAAUGCCAACAAAACCUUGUCCACAGUGUAGAACUCAAAGCUUUAGAGUUCUCUUCCUUGUCAAAACAAACAAUGGGCAGAAAACUGGACUCCAAACUUACGGGCAAGUGCCCUCUUCUUUUUGUAAUCCUUCCUAGUUUACACAACUUCUGUUAGGAUACUUGUGUAAAAACCAAUUUAUUUGGCAUAGAUCUGGAAAAGCUAGAAGUUAGGAGGAAUUAUUUUACAAAUCUAAAUGGGAAACUUCUUGGAAGGCAAAGCAAAUCUGAAAUCUACCUUUGAGGCUCAGAUUCCCUUUCUUUUCAGCACUGAGCUGGUUUGUUAAACUUUUGAUCUGAGAAGUCAGGGAUUAGUUCAGUUUUUGCAAUUUAGGCUUUGUUCUUUAGAAAAGCUUAUAUGAAGACUGAUGAAUGUAGUGGUUGCUAAACAAGUGUUUUGCAUGGAUGCAAGUAAAUUUGGUCCUUAUUUCUAAAGGUUAGUGUUCAAUGGUACUUUCUUUUUUAAUUGUAUUUCUGUAAUAUAAAAAAUUGUAUUAUAGGCUUUAGUCUUUGUCAAAUUACAGAAAUUAUGAAUCCGUCAGAUUCCAAGUACCUUAAAAUCCUCUCUGCUGCAAGUGUGUUUCAUUCUAGGCUUGGACUGUAGGACUGUAGUCUUCUAUGAAGAUGGUCCAACAAAGUUCCAGUGACAGUCUAACGAGACAUUUGUCUUGGAAUGCAGCCUGAAACUCCGUUCUUAAUUGCUUAUGGUGUAGGAAUAGUAAUGUAUAUAAUAGAAGGAACUUUUGUUCCCCCUGUUUGCAUUUGAGUACCAGACAAGUUAUGAAGAAUUUAAAUGUAAUUGUCUGCCUAUUUAACUGUUGCAAUGAGUGCUUCUGUUUGCAGUAGUUAUUAAUUAUCAUUAUUGACUCUCUGGUAGGUCACAGUGAUUCUCAAAGCAGAGGGCUCAGUUGGCAUAGUCUUGAUGUGAACAAACUUGAUGGUAAAAUUCACUUGAAACUGUUACUGAAGAUACUACAGACUGUCUUGCUUAUAACAACCAAAAAGCUUUUCUCAAAAGUAUCCACUUUUUGUACUUCUUGACACUUAAUGUCCUUAAUUAAUCAGAUUUUUUUUAAUGGGAUUCAUAGCCAUCCAAAUGGAUGAGAGAGGUUUCUGUGCGUCGCUCUUUGUCGUUCAUUGGUUGCUGCUUGCAGAGCUGCACAUAUCAGUGUUUUCUUACCCGAUUCAGUCAGCAUGGUUUAGGUUAGCUGAAGAAAUAUGCCAACCUGGCUGAAGCAGGCUUGCAAGUAUUACAUGACUGUGCUUGCCAGCAGGCUACUGCAGAGGGGGGGCUGAUGUGAGGAAGCAGCUUGAAAGAUGGUAAUGACUUAAAACUGGCACAGCUGUAACUCACGUGCCCUGGUCCCAACUGGUGUAUUUUGUGUACACAUUUCAGGUAGUUAUACUAGUGUGGUUAUAAUGCAUACUUAAGCUGCUAAGUUUCUGAAGGUAAGUUCUUGUACAUACCUUCAAGAGUGGGCAGUGUCUAUGUGUUAAGUAUGGUGUAGGGUUUUGAAUACAGCUGUCUGACCCUUCCUGUGGGAAGGCAAAGGAAAACUGCAGCCUGCUUACUUUGAUUUUUAUCAGCAUCGAGGUACUUGAGUGACUUAACACUGGGCUAUAGAAGUAUGAAACAGUAUGAGUGAAGCUUUUUCAGAUGACCAAAGAAGCUUAACAAAAUGUAACCCUAAUGUUCUUAAGCUUGAUUUCUUGUCCUUUACUUGCACCUAUUACACUUCCAAAAACCCAGGUGGUGCUGUUCUUUCACAUGUGCCAUCUGGAGCUGUUGCAUCGCCUUUCAUUUGGCUGCUGUGUUGCUAUGUUAUUCAAACUCCAUUGAACAACCAACUCUUCCAAAGCUUAUGCUUUUGCUUAGUGGCAUCUUUUAUUGAGAUAAUUGCACUCGGCUGCAAGUGUUUUGGAUCUAAAAUAUGCUUUAUGCCCUGGGGUUUCAGUUAGCAUUUGGUGUGAGCUAACAGCAUGUGUGGAGUCAGCUGCUGCCUCUGAGAUGUUCAGUGUGAACUUGUCAGGCACCAAUGUGGGAUCACAUUGCUCUUCAUUAUGUUGAGAAGUGUCUGCAGUCACAAGAAGAAAUAAAAGGCCGUUAGGAAAUAAAAAGCUGUUACUGCUUUUCAUGUUUGCAUACAAUUGUUAUCAAGGCAUUUGGUAAAUGCACUGAGGAGUUGGUUAUUGGAAUUAAAAUGCAUACAAACAUGUAAAAUCCUUAAUUUCCUGAAAACUAUCCAUUGCUCCUCUGGAGCUGUAAGUGUGUCUCCCAGAAGCAUUUGUAUAGGAGUGGAAAUGCAAGCUUUUCAGGGAGAAAGAAGAAAUGUGUAUGUAUUGUUACCUUAGCCUCAAAUCAAGCAUUUCUUGUGGUAGUUAGCUACACAAAGCUUGGGCCGCCCCAAGUCUUAAUCUGUGGCCAGCUGUGUUUGACCAUUUCCUAUUCCUUGGCCUGUUAGCUGAGCAAAAAAGCAAGUUCACCCUCAGUGGAUAAGUUCUGCUUGCUAAUAAUAAGCAGAAAGUGCCAGAUAAUCCCAAUGUGAGCAUACUUAGCCCAAAUGCAUCAAGAAUUGUAUUCCUGUGCUUUGUUCCUGUGUACUGCAGCAUUUCCUCUGUGAUGUGAGUUGAUAGCAUUUGGUAGCAUUGUCAAGCCAAGUUACUUAUUCUUCUGUGUAAAUACAAUUCAGUGUAAUGAGUUUUCUCUGGAACAGUGGUUCCUGAUAGCAUGUUGCUUUCUUGACGCAUGUGACUGUAAUCAGUUUCCAUUGUUAUUUUUCCCCAGUUGUUUAUGAGACAGUGUAUUUGGAACGAUUGUCAACUUGUUCUAUAGCUGCACCAUUUUGCUGUAAGAAAUGAAUGACUACAGGUGCUGUAUGCAUACAGCCGGAGAAAUACGGUAUAGAAACAUUAGAAUGCAGUUUCUACCUCAGUUUUGGUGAUUUUUGCUUUUAAAAUGUUUGGAGAAUAAAUCGCCUUGGGAAAAUGCUAUUAGCAGUGACUAAGUGGCAGGUGCGGAUGCUUGCUAAGAUCUAACUCAAUGCAUCCACUCUGUGGCAUGCAUUAUGUAUUUUGCCUUUCUGUUUCAUACAACAGCUGACUUCUUUUGCGCUGAGGCCCAACAUUAUUGCAAACUGAGUAAAAUCAGUGAAAUGUAAACAUGUAUCCAAAGACAAGAAGAAAACAUCGGAAGAAAUGUCUUUUGUUAUUUAAAAAGAAGCGCAUUGUGUUCCUUCCGUGUGUCAGUCGGUCGAUCACAUCACAUAAAGUGGCUAACCGCGUUAAAAAGGAAAAGAAAUUCAUGAGAUGCAAACUGAUAAAUCGUGGCGCUCAUAGAGACCUUCUACAGUGUCUGCCAAGGAGUGGGGUAAGUUCUCCGCCAUUUUCGUUCUGAUAGAAAUGACUGAAGGCUUUGAUUGAGAAUGCCCUUCUCUCUCACUGCUGCGAGAUACUGGAUCUGCUUCAGGGGGCAAAUAACCCAGGUGUUAAAGUGUUGAAUCAUACAGUAUGUCCCUGUGGGUAUUUUGGUGUGAUGCUGAAGUGUAUUUAACAUCUGCAAGCAAAAAAUGUAGAGAGAAAUGUGUUUGGUUUCUAGCAAAACGAGCAGCAGGCGUUUCCAUCAAAGCAGUAGUGUAUUUCUCGUGCCUCUAAUCUCUGUGAAUGUUCUUCUAGUCUUUAAUUGUAAUCUAUUAAAUUACAGAUAUAGUAUUUUAACUUAUUAAUCUCUAAUCUCCUUGAAAUAAAGAUAUCUCCCAAGUA